GGGAGAGAGACAUGCAAAACUGAUCUGUGUCCCUUCGUCUCUAACUCUGCGAAUCUCAAAGGUUGUUUAAGAAGAAGACGUUUUGUUAUGAUGCAUCAGAUGAAUAAGAAAGAUUCAGCUACUCAUUCCACUUUGCCAUAUCUUAACACUAGCAUCUCUUGGGGACUUGUUCCUCCUACUGAUUCCAAUGUUGUUAACCGUCGCGGUUCUACUGAUUCAUUAAGCUUGAAGGUGGAUUCAAGGCCUGGUCAUGUACAGACCACUAAGCAAAUUAGUUUUCAGGACCAGGACUCAUCUUCUACUCAGUCCACUGGUCAAUCUUACACUGAAGUUGCUAGUAGUGGUGAUGACAACCCUUCCAGGCAAAUCUCGUUUUCAGCUAAAUCAGGAUCUGAAGAAACUCAGCGGAAAGGGUUUGCAACUAAUCCGAAAUCAGGCUCCAUGACAGCAUAUCCGAAUAUUCACUUUGCUCCUGCACAGCCUAAUUUCUCAUAUCACUAUGCUGAUCCACACUUUGGUGGUUUAUUAGCUACAACUUACUUACCACAUCCACAGACAUGCAAUCCUCAAAUGGUGGGUACAGUUCAGGGUCGAGUUCCUUUACCAGGGGAGCUCACAGAAAAUGAGCCGGUCUUUGUUAAUGCAAAGCAAUACCACGCAAUCAUGAGGAGGAGGCAGCAACGUGCCAAGCUAGAGGCUCAGAACAAGCUAAUCAAAGCCCGUAAACCGUAUCUUCAUGAGUCUCGACAUGUUCAUGCUCUCAAAAGGCCAAGAGGGUCCGGUGGAAGAUUUCUAAACACCAAAAAACUUCUUCAAGAGUCCGAGCAGGCUGCUGCUGCUAGAGAAGAAGAAAAUGACAAGUCAGGCCAGCGUGAUAACAAAAAGGCGAACAUGUCAAGAUUCGAAGCUCGUAUGCUGCAUAACAGCAAAGACCGCAGCUCAACCACUUCUGGCUCAGACAUCACCUCUGUUUCUGACAGUGCUGAUAUCUUUGGACACACUGAUUUCCAGUUUUCAGGUUUCCCAACUCAGACGAACCGAGCCAUGCUUGUUCACGGUCAAUCUAAUGACAUGCAUGGUGGUGGGGACAUGCACCAUUUCUCUGUCCAUAUCUGAGACAUUGAAUCUUUGGUGCUGUGUUCGUGUUCCCACCAAAAGGGGAAGUCAUCCUUGGCUACUAGUUCUUUCGCUUGUUGUAAACUUAAGUCUUUGUAUUUCACAUUAUGUAUGUGUGACAUCCAAGAUCUUCACUUUGAAAAACAACCAAGAUCUUCACGUUGAAACACUCUAUUAUUGCCUUUUACCCUCUGUUAGACUGUUACUAUGUAUCUUUUGUGUAAA